AUGUCACAAUUUUGUGUCCUUGGAUUACGAAUAUGGUCAUGUAAAUCUGGCCAUGUCAAAAUUGCUCCAACACCUAUUAAACCACUAUUUCCAAUAAAUGGAAAUGAUGAAUUUGGUAGCUCUUUUUUUGAAGAUAAUCCAAAUCUAAUAGGUCAAGUCUCUACGGAAAACAACACUGACAGUGACUCUGACGAAGAAAACUCUCAAGAAGAAAACUCUACUAUUUCUACAUCACAACCAGGAAGAGAAUUAGACGAAUCUGACAUUUUAAAUCAACAAAGAAGAAGGGUCCAACAACCAACUACACAAUUAAAUACAACGCCAGUCAUAGGAUCAAACAACCAAUUUACUAACCAAUCUAUUACAAAUAAUAUAGAACAACAAGUAACAACAAUGGAUGCCACUCAAUUCAAUCAAUUAAUAGCAGCAUUAGGACAACUCACUCAACAACUUGAUGAUGGAGGACCAAGACCAAUGGAUCUUGAUUACAUUGGAGAAAGUAGAAAUCGUAAUCUAUUCUGGCAACAACAAUAA